AUGGCCACGUCUACUCACACCAAGCCCCGGCUACUCACACCAAAUAGUGAUUACUGUGUGACAAGUUUGGGUUUAGAACCAAAAGCGUUAGAGAUAGCUAUGAGUGUCGUUUUACCCUUAGGAGGUCAAACUCGAGUAAAUCUAGUAUGUAAAUCUUGUGAGCUAGGAAUCUCCAGUACAUAUUUGAUCUGUGAUCUAGGAGUUAUGGAUAUGUCUGAUUUUGACGUCAUCAUAGGAAUGGACUGGUUGUCAGUUCAUCGAGCCAUCAUUGAUUGUUACUGUAAGACAGUGACAGCAUCCCCCCUUAACGGCACGAAAGUUCAAUUUAAAGGAGAUAGACAGGAUUCUCUAACUCCAAUGUGUCGCAAGUCGCGAUGGCAUGAUCAACUAAUCGGAUGGUUGGCAAGCCUAAUUUUGGAAGACGAAAAUCAAAAGGGUCCAGGAUUACUCCAUGUGGUGUGCGAAUACGCUGAUGUUUUCCCUGAUGAAUUACCGGGAUUACCCCCAAAACGAGACGUAGAUUUCACGAUUGAGCUUCAACCUGGGACUUCACCGAUUUCAAUAGCACCAUAUCAUAUGGCGCCAGCUGAACUUCAAGAAUUGAAGGAGUAG